AUGGAGAUCAAAGAAGAGGAGAACAGAGGUAUACAAGGCAAAGUCGUAGCUGUGAUGGGUGAAUUUGGACUAGUCGGCUCCGUCGUGUGCCUUGAGCUCCUCCUCCGUGGUGCUCUCCAAGUCCGCUCUUUCGACUGCCGCAAAACCUCUCCUUGGUCUGACCGUCUCAAAGAAUCCGGCGUUCACUGCAUACACGGAGAUGUUGUGAGUAAAGAGGACGUGGAGGAGGCUCUUGAAGGAGUAGACUGUGUGAUACAUCUUGCUUCGUACGGUGGUUCGGGUAAAGAAAUGGUUCGGACUCGUCGGAUGGAGCAAGUCAACGUGGAAGGGACGCGUAACGUUUUGGAAGCCUGUGUGAAGAAAGGGAUCACGAGGGUUGUGUAUUUGAGCUCCAACGGUGUCGUUUUCGGUGGGAAAGAGAUUGAGAAUGGAGAUGAAACUCUCCCUUACUUGGCUUCCAAUCAAUACGUCAGUCCAUAUGAUGCGACCAAAUCUACUGCCGAACAGUUGGUUUUGAAGAACAACGGUCGUACUGUUGAGGAUGGACGUGAGAGUCUUUUGUCUACGUGUGUGAUUCGUUGCCCGAUUGUAUAUGGACCGGGUGAAGAGAAGUUUCUUGAUAGGCUCAUCUCUGAUGCAAGAUUACGUUUAUUACUCUUCAAAAUCGGCGAUCCAAACUCGAAAACCAACUUCAUUAACGUCGAUAACAUUGUACUCGCGCUCAUGUUGGCAACCAUCGGUAAUCCGAUAAACUUCUUUGAGUUUCUCCAGCCACUAUUGAAGGAUCUAGGUUAUGACAUGCCUAAGUCAUCGCUAUCUAUAUCUCUUGCGGUCACACUCGGACAUAUAUGCAAAUUCAUUUACAGAUUGCUAUCACCAUUGUUGAACCAACCGUGGAUUCCACAACCAUUGAUUCUUCCACCUGAAGUUUAUAAGGUUGGUGUGACUCAUUACUACUCGAUCGAGAAAGCCAAGGAGGAACUAGGGUACGAGCCCAAGACACACCCGGAAGAAGCCAUGACCGAAACCAUUUCAUAUUUUAAAGACAAGAAGAGAAGAGAGGUCGAUGGACCGAGCAUUUACGCGUGGCUUUUCUGUGUGAUUGGUUUGCCUAGCAUUCUAUCGGUCGCGUGGCUACCGGACAUUGGACCCAUACCGUUCCUUCGAACCAUUGCGCUUUUUAUCUUCAGGUCGAUGUUGGCUUUGCGGAUAGCGUCCAUGAUUGUGGUGACAGCACACGUGAGUGAAGCGGUCUAUGCGUUGUGGUUAGCUAGGAGAGUGGAUCCGAAGAAUGCAAAGGCUUGGUUUUGGCGGACGCUGCUUCUUGCUACGUUCUCGCUUCGAUUGCUUUUGAGAAGAGCCAAGGAAGUGAAGCAAGAAACUAUAAGAGAAGGUCUUGUAACGAACUCAUGGCCAGUCUAG